AUGGAACGAUUGGACCCAUUAUUUAAGUACUCAUGGUUUCCGGAGUCCCAGUCUCUAUACUUGUCUCAUUUACAUGAGAUUGUGUAUAGUAUGAUAUUCUAUUUUUUCAUUCAUAAAUUUAUAGCUCCCGUAGUGAAUCGGAUUAUAUUUGGUAAAUCCUAUAAAUCUAUCACUAAUCCUAAUUUAAAAGAUGAUUUUGAUAUUCACACAGUGUCUAUGGUUCAAGCAUUUAUAUCCCUAUAUAUAUUAUGGCCUACUUUAACCAUUCCUUUAAACACAAGUAUUGCUACAUAUUGGGAUCAUCAAUCAUCAAUGGUUGCUGCAUUAAGUUGUGGUUACUUCCUUUGGGAUUUGACUAUUUGCAUUAAGAAUUAUAAAUUAUAUGGUUUGGAAUUUUUCGCUCAUGCUAUUGGAUCUCUCUAUGUGAUGUUAAUUUCUUUAAGACCUUGUUGUCAACCUUGGAUUGGUAAAUAUUUACUUUAUGAAGCUAGUACUCCAUUUGUAAAUAUUAAUUGGUAUAUUAUUCAGUUAACAUCAGGAAAAGAUAUGACAGUUAAGACUGCUGUACCAACUACACUAAAUCUUAUUAAUGGAUUAUGUCUAAUGACUGUAUUUUUCGUAGUAAGAAUAAUCUGGGGUAGUACCGCAAAUUUUAUUUUGUUUAGACAGUUUAUUAAAGAAUGGGAUAUAGUACCAACCUAUAGAUCUAUUGGUUUAAUUGCAUUAAACCUUAUAUUGACAACUUUAAAUAUUGUAUGGUUUUAUAAAAUGGUUAAGAUCGCAAAGAAACUGGCUUCAAAACCUGCUUCAACUGCCAAGAGACAGUAA